AUGGGCUUUACGGUUACGGAUCGUCUCGAGUUAGUGAUAGAGCGUGCCUCGGAUUUGGUCGCAGCAGAUCUCAAUGGUUAUUCCGAUCCAUUUGUUGAUAUUAGGGUGGAUAAUUGCUUGGAAAGAAGAACACAGAUCAUGAAAAAAACUCUCAACCCUGUUUGGAACGAAACCUUUGUAUUCUAUUGUAUUCCUACGUCUGGAGCAUUGAAAGUAGAUUUUGAACUCUAUGAUUGGGAUAGAUUUACUCCAAACGACUUUAUUGGACGUGCCUCACUUUCCAUUGACUCCAAUUGUACAGAAUAUAACAAAUCGUAUCCAGUGACCCUUACUUUGAAAGAUAUAAAAUCUGGAACGCUCAAAGUGAGCUACAAGAUCAAAUCAAGCUCCACAUCAAACACCAACAACGCCUCAACCUCCACAACUGUUGGUGAAACUAACAGUUUUAAAAUCAUUACUACAGAAUUUCCAAGCAGUUUCCAACCAUGUGUUCCAAAAGAUUUCAUUUUGGUUUCGUCAGACUCCAAUUCAGCCAACAAGGUUUAUGUCGCAGUUCUUGUUAAUUUGUCGACAGGCGAAGUAUUGACCAUCACUUACAAUGAUUUAUUGUCAACACCCUUUGAUACAGCAGCUCAAGUGUUUUUGGACGUGUAUUUGAAAGGGCUGAAAGAUGGAGCUGACAAGAAGAGCGGCAAGUAUGAAUUAAUCUCGAGAGACCUAAAUGUCACUCACAAGAUUAAUGGAAAUUUCUCAACAGUCUUGGAAAGUCGUUGCUUGACUGCUAGCUCCACUACUGGCAGGUUAUUGAAUUGCGUAUGUUUAACGUGUGGCUAUCCUAGUGGACUUAUGGCCAAUUAUGUGUGGAUGACUUACGACAGUGUAUUUUCUUCUGAAAAGUAUCAUUUACUCGUUGAGGUUGCUAAGAGAACACAUGUUGCCAAAUAA